GUCCCGGCGUGCCCCGCGCGCGGCGCCGCCUGUGCCGCUCUGGAGCGGCCGCCUCACCGUGCCCUGCGAGCGGCGGAGGGAAGAUGGCGGCGGAGGCGGUGGAUUCGUGGGAUGCCGACAGCUUCGAGGUGGUGGAGCCGGUGGCGAAGCGGCUGGUGCCGGGAGUGACCGGAGACCGCUGGGCCGGCGAGGAUGAGGAGGACGACGUGAAGGAUAACUGGGAUGAUGAGGAGGAAGAGGAGGAAGUAAAGGAGACGGAGGUAAAACAAGAACCAAAAGUCUCCGAAAAAAAGAAAAUAGCAGAAAAAAUCAAAGAAAAAGAAAAGCUACAGAAGAAGAAGCAAGAGGAGCUUAAAAAAAGGUUAGAGGCCCCAGAGGAGCAGAAGGAGCUCACCCCAGAAGAACAGUUAGCAGACAAGCUACGACUAAAGAAAUUGCAAGAGGAGUCAGACCUGGAGUUAGCAAAAGAAACCUUUGGUGUAAAUAACACUUGUGGAAUAGAUGCCAUGAAUCCCUCCUCCAAAGAUGACUUCACGGAAUUUGGCAAACUACUAAAAGAGAAGAUCACACAGUAUGAGAAGUCCUUACAUUACGCCAGCUUCUUGGAAGCCUUAGUUCGGGACGUGUGUAUUUCAUUGGAAGUUGAUGAUUUGAAAAAGAUCACAAAUACCUUGACAGUACUAUGCAGUGAAAAACAGAAACAGGAAAAGCAGAAUAAAGCCAAAAAGAAGAAAAAAGGUGUUGUGCCAGGCGGUGGUUUAAAGGCUACGAUGAAAGACGACCUGGCUGACUACGGAGGCUACGAUGGUGAAUAUGUACAAGACUUUGAAGACUUCAUGUGACAUUUAUCUCCCUUUCUGUUGUUUUUCUGUUGCCCAUAAUCCCUUAAACAUGUAGCACAACUUUUCUUCCUUUAAAUUCUGCCAAAUGCUACAAUCAGAACUGCAGUAUCUGUGCUGGUGGUUUAACUCCAGAUGGGUGCCUGGUCACAGCUUAGACCCAGGAUGUUUCAAAGCUAUGUAAAUUGCAGUAACCUCCCCCCCAAAUUCUCAUUAAGGGUAACUGUUGCUAUUUGACUCAAUAGUAACAGUCACUAAAUUGGAGUUUCAACAGGACACAAUGUUAUUCCCAGCUGGGUUCAGUGACUUGGCCUUACCUAAGUGACCUGUGCUGAACCAGUGCAGUUUGCAGCAAGGGUGUGGUGUGCACUUAGUAUUACAAUUGCUUUGUUUUACAUUAGAGCUUGAGGAUUUGGGGUGUUGUGAAGGGGAGCCACUAACUUCAGUGUGGGGAUCCUGCACUGGAGACACUGUCUGAGCGGGCAUGGGGUGGGCACAAGCCAGAGGGAUACUUGAUCAGAAAGGAACGAUUUGGUGGCUUGAGUAUGAAGUUUAGUUUCCAUUCAUCUGGAUUUCUACUAAUGCAGCAGUAUGGGUUUGGGAUUCCUUAACAGUUAAUUGCCUGGUUUAAGUGUAAAAACCCAGGACUUCCUUUUGGGCUGUCCUGGGUUGUGGUAGAUCUUCAGAACUCGGCCAUUUUCUUUCAUUUAAAACCAACAACAACUUGCUUAGCAAACUGCAAGAGUUGCUACAGUUGGGCAAAUUGUUAUGUUAACAAUUACAACACCUGCAGUGUUUUAUAAAGCAACUAAUUUAAUAAAAAUCACUAUUGAGGACCUCA